GGGCUUGCUGGGUCAAGUCGCUUAUUUGAUUUAUGUGUCUACUAAAGAGUACGACCGUUCAUCAAUUGCAAUCCUGUAAUACCUUCGAUUGUCAUGACAAUUCUCUCAAUGGAUAUAUCCUGACGAUUCCUACUGAUACGCAACAGAAAAGACAAGAGAAUCAUGAACUACAAAUGUUAACUCGGACACAUAACGUCAGCAACGCAAUGGAGUAUAACAAAAUUCUAGUUAAGGGUCUCAAUCGGAAUACAUCUAAAGAUGCUUUGGAGAUGUACCUUGACGAAGUAGUACAGAGAGUCAGCAAUUCAGUUUCAUCGGUAUCCUUAGAGGGAAAUGGAGAAGCUAUUGUAACAUUUCGAUGUGGUAUUAAGGAUGUAGAGGAGCUACAGGCAAGAUGUGAUGACAUGGAAGAUAGUGAUAUUGGUGGUAUUCAAUGCACAAUGCUAGAUGAUGAAGACAUUUUUGAAGAAGAAAUACCAGUACACGCAUUAAGUAAAGCCGUGUGGGAAGGAUUUCCGAGAUAUCAUUCUGAAGGUGGUGAAGUAUUAACAUUUGAGACUGAAAAAGAGGUUGAGCAAUCCCAUGUCAUGGGAGCCAUAGAUGAGUUGAAACACAGCGUAGUGGAAACUCCUAAAGUCGAAACACAGAGAUCUUUAGAACGACCCAAAGAGUGGAAUUCUGAUAUAAGUCACACCAAGUUACCACGUGCACCUACUGUGCAAGGUGCUACACCAGCACCGGUAGAUGGGUUCAAAAAAGAUCAUCCUACCAGCAAAAAGCACGCUAUCCAAAUGAAUCCAUCGAUAAUACAACUUUUGAAAAUCGAAAAUCAGUGGGACGAUCUAGAGGACACUUUUGACUGCAGGUUCAGAGAAGAUGGGGUAGUGAUUAAGUCAAACGAUAGUGGUACUAUAAGACGAGCUAAACUGAAAAUGAACGAGCUUGUCCGUGAUAUCGAAUUUAAAUCAAAGAACCGCAAACUAUCUCAAGGGUUGGUGCAAGUAUUUAAAAAGAACAAAGGAUACAAUGUGCUCACAAAAAAACUCAAGCAAUCUGAUCUACAUGUUGUAGCAGAUAUUUGUGAUGAAACAAUUACAUUUUAUUCUAUGGAUGAACAACAGGCAGAAAGCGCAUGUGAAAUUUUCGAUCAACUAUUUAUCAAUGAUAAAUUUGUCUUAAAGACGGACAGUAACGUAUUGUUGACGCAGGCGAAAUGGAAACAACAUGUGCGGAAUAUGCAUAAUGAUCUUGUGGUAUCAGUUGCGUAUCAGUCUACUCAAAAUGAUGUACUUAUCGCUGGUGUCAAGAAAGAUGUCAAGAAAGCAAUUACCAAAGUACAGGACUAUGUAGCAAGGCAUUAUCGGAUUGCCUCUGAACUAAAGGUUGAACACAAACUCCAUUUCGAGAAAUUUGGAAAGGAAAAGCUGUUGUCUGCAGUUUCCGGGUCAGAUGUGUGCAUAAGGGAAGUGGACUCGAAAAUAAUAGUCGAGGGUCCAGUUGAUGCAGUGACUGAAGUUAAAGAUACAUGGGAACAUAUGUCAAAAACAGUAGAAGCUCAAAAAAUAAGAAUCGAUAAACCAGGGAUGGUAGGAUUUAUUCGGAGUGCAAUGGGAGUUGGUUUGCUGAAAGAAAUAGAUCCAGGAAAAAGAGAAGUCACGAUCGAUGUACCACAAGAGAUUCCUCAAAGUAAUCGAAGUCCAGAAUGCAAGCCACCUAUAAAACCGAAACCGAAAUAUAUGAUUCCGCCAUAUAAUCCUGGCGCGACUGAAGGAAAGCGAUUAACUACACAAGUUAAUACUUUGACAACACCUAACAAUGUUAAAUUGACCUUGACGAAAGGGGAUAUCAGUGAACAGCAGGCUGAUGUGCUUGUUAAUUCCUGCUUUCGUAAAUUGUUCGGAUCAGCUACAUCGAAGGCCUUUCUUAAAAAAGGCGGUGCCGAAUUCUCCAAGAUAUUUCAAGACCUCAAAGAUGCAUUAGAGGAUGGAGAGGCUCAAUAUGGAGAUGUAUUCGUGACUGAUGUCGGUUCGAAGAUAAAUGCUGAAAAAAUUAUCCACGCUGUCUGUCCAUUGUAUAACACUUCAAAGGAUGGGGUUUUCGACAUUAUUACGAAAUGCUUUGAAGAAGUAACCAAAUUAGGCAAAGGUAGUGUAGCUUUACCUGCUAUCGGAACGGGAUAUAGUGGAUUCAGCAAUAAGGGAGUUUGGAAUGGUAUCCUGAAAGCUGUAACGAAUAUACCACAUGAUGCAACCCUCAAGCUUGUGGCUCUCGUCGUGAAUGGUGAGUCUUCUUACAACGAAUUCAGUUUGUUGCUAAAUAAGGAAUUCUCAUCCUCGUCGCUCAAAGAGAAAACAUCUACCGACGCCAAAGGUGACGAUACAAAUCAAUAUAUACAUACAUAUGGACAAACCUCUUUGACCAUUGAACAAGGGGACGUCAGUGAAGCCAAGGCAGAUGUGCUUGUCAAUGUAUUGGAAAAGAAUAUCGAUCUUCAAAAGUCAAAGUCAAAGAUAGCUAAACAGUUUCUCGCUAAAGGAACUACUGAAUUUGCCGAAAAGCAGUUGGAGGAAAUGAUACGCAAAUUACUCAAACGAGCAACAUAUCACGGUUUGGCUACCAUCGCCCUUCCAACUAUUGGCACCGGUAGAUUGAUUGGUUAUCCAGUGGGUGUGUUUUACAAUGCGCUAAGGGCAUGUGUCCGAGAAUACGAUAAAACUGAAACAACACUUACGCUGGUUACUAUCUACGUAUUUGAUGUUGCCAUGCUCAACGAGUUGAAUGAUAUACUGAAGAGUGAACAUAAUGGAAAUUACGACCUUACUGAUGCUAAACAUAAAACCUCGCCCAAAAAAGAUCAUGAUGUUUACCAUGGAAGCUCUCUGGAUGUCACUGCCGUCGGCUUUACGAAUGAAGCAGUGACAUAUGUUGUGCAAGAGAUUAAAAGUAUCAUUGAUGAUAAUUUCUAUACUAAAGAAUUCGACUGCUUUACACUUCGAAAGAGGGAUGUUUUCAAAUUGAUGGACAAAGAUGAGAAAAGGACAGUACGUGUCGAUGCAUUAAGCGGAGGGCGAUUGGUACUUUGCGGAGCGAAAACUUCUGUCCUUGUACUCGUUAGUAAAAUUAUUAAACGAAAAGAGGAAUACGACGCCCUAGGACCAGAAAGGUUUCCCAAGGGGACCAAAGAGCAUCUCCUUGCUUUGGCAAAUGAGAAAAUACAGAGCCCAGCCUAUUGGAAGGAGGUCCCUGGAAACUCGGAUAUCUUUAACGAAAUAAAGAAAUUUUGUGAAUGUGAUGAACAAUUAGGAGGAACAUGGUGUCGUGAAGCUGUAGGUAUAGGAAGUGAUGCCAAAGGAUUAACACACAGUACUAUUGCAGUAAAGAAUAUAGAAAUCAUAGAACGCGACGAUUUGUAUAAAAAAUAUGCAGUGCAUCGUCAAAGUUUAUGCAAACUAGCCGCCGAAGGGAAAAUUCCCCAAACAUUGGAAAAAGGCGAGACAAAUCCGCUCACAACUACUCUUGGCGCUACACAUCUAGAUAGCUACGUCAUAAAAGAAAUAAAUGAAUGCUAUUUGUUCCACGGUGCAAAAGAAGAUACAAUCCAAGUCAUAUCUGACAAGGGUCCAGAUGGCAGGUUGAAUAUCCAUGGGAUGGCAGGGAAAGGGGUGUACUUAGCAGAGAGUUCAACCAAAGCUGAUCAAUAUGCAGAUUCCAAGGAUGCUAGAAGUGAAGGGGAAAAGCACAUGUUCUUAAUGCGAGCCUUGUUGGGGAAUAUAUACGUGGCGGAUGUAACCAAACAAUACCCACGCCCUCCUUGUAUCGAGUACAAUAACGGGUGCCCGGAGCCUUGUAAGGAAAGUCAUCAGAUGUAUGACUCUAUUCUGAUAGUCAAUCGGCCACCUAAACAUACAAAUCAAGGUCGAUUGCUGUUUAGAGAGUUUGUGCUUUAUGGCGAAAACCUGGCCUAUCCAGAAUUUCUGAUAACAUAUGAGAGACAAUAAGUGUAUAUAUCAUCGUUGAAUAUAUGUUCGCAAGAAAUGGACAAAUUCGAAAGGGAGAGGCAGAUUUAUUUAUAAACAUGUACAGAAUUGUAGUCAAAACACUAGCUAAUGGACGCUUCAUAUGUUAUAUGACUUAGGGGAGGAAUCAAAAGUUCGAUGUCGGAUCGGAAACUAAAUAAAUCUAGUUUUGACUCUGACCCCCUCCCCUCCCCCUCAAAACUA